CCUGCGCGGGGUAGGCGUCCCCGGCGGAAGCAAUGAGGGUGCUGGUGAGGCGCUGCUGGGGACCCUUGCCAGGUGGUGGCGGCGCUGGUCGAAGGCCGAGCCCCCAGUGGCGAGCGCUGGCCAGGCUCUGCGGGUCGCCUGGCGUGGAGGACGGCCGCGGCUCCCGAGUCCGGAAGAAGCCGCCCUGGCGGGUGCUCUUCUUCGGCACAGACCAAUUCGCCCGCGAGGCGCUACGGGCGCUGCACGCCGCCAGGGAAAACAAAGAAGAAGAGUUAAUUGAAAAAUUGGAGGUGGUCACCGUGACUUCCCCGUCACCAAAAGGACUGCCGGUGAAGCAGUAUGCGGUCCAGUCUCAGCUGCCAGUGUAUGAGUGGCCAGAUGUGGGAUCUGGAGAAUAUGAUGUUGGAGUGGUUGCUUCAUUUGGCCGACUUUUGAGUGAGGCUCUUAUUCUUAAAUUUCCCUAUGGCAUAUUGAACGUCCAUCCCAGCUGCCUCCCGAGGUGGCGUGGUCCCGCCCCUAUAAUCCACACCGUGCUCCACGGGGACACAGUCACUGGAGUAACGAUUAUGCAAAUCAGACCUAAAAGAUUCGAUGUGGGCCCGAUACUCAAACAGGAAACCAUCCCCGUGCCCCCCAAGAGCACCGCGAAGGAACUGGAAGCGGUGCUGUCCAGACUGGGUGCCGACAUGCUUAUUUCAGUUUUGAAAAAUUUGCCUGAAAGUUUGAGCCGUGGAAGGCAGCAGCCAACUGAGGGGGUGACCCAUGCCCCUAAGAUUUCUGCCGGCACCAGCUGCAUAAAGUGGGAGGAACAAACUUCCGAGCAAAUACUCAGGCUUUAUCGUGCCAUUGGAAACCUAAUUCCGUUGCAGACACUCUGGAUGGAUAAUACCAUUAAACUUCUGGAUUUGGUAGAAGUUAAUAGUUCAGUCCUCACUGACCCAAAAUUAACAGGACAGGCUGUUAUUCCAGGAUCCAUAAUAUACCACAAACAGUCACAGAUACUUCUGGUUUGUUGCAAGGAUGGCUGGAUUGGUCUUCGGUCGGUGAUGCUCAAGAAAACUCUAACAGCUACUGAUUUCUACAAUGGAUAUUUGCACCCCUGGCACCAGAAAAAUCCCCAGGCUCAUCCAAGCCAGUGCAGGUUUCAGACUCUCAGGCUUCCAACGAAGAAGCGGGGGAAAGUUGUUGCUGUGCAACAGUGCAUGAAGUAGUUAGGAAGAAGGUGGACGAGACCUUCUGUAUUUGUAAUUUAUUAAAAGCCUUAUUUACAAGGAGUUACUUCGACUUUCAAAGACUAUGACACUAUUGGAGAACAGAAGAUUAUUGUCAAAAAGAUUGAUUACCUCACUUUCCACUCUUUAACAGUAAUUGAAAAUAAUUUUUCUACCUGAAUAACAAAAGAAGCCUUCAAUAAAAUUUGUAUUUAUGUCAAAGGCAA